UGCACGUGUGAUCGACACGUGUGGUCUAACCGGGAACACCAGGCAAGGGGAAACCAACAGGGCGGGCCUCGGACCUGGGGAGUCUCUCUCUAGUCUCUCCCCAUGGCUUCUUCCUCCUCCGUCUCCUUCUCCUUCUCCCUUCCUCGCCUUCGAUACUCGCAUCCCUCCAAACCACGCGGCCUACUCCCCUUCCUCCCUCUCCUUGCCGCCCCAUCUCGACGCCGGUCGCCGCUCCGAGCCUCCCGGAAGCUCUCCAGCUACCCCCAGGAGGCGGUGGUCGUGGUCCCAGACGCUCGCGCUUGGGUGGGCGAUCUUGGUGGCGAUGAUGUGGACGAAGACGAUGACGAGGAGGAGGAGGAGGACGACGACCGGAGCCUCGAUCUCCUGUUGCGGUUCCUCCACAACGUCUUCCGCAAGAUCUCGCGGCGGGCGCGCAAGGCCGUCCGAUCUGUUCUGCCUCCUUCCAUUCCAAAUAAUUUGGUGGGUUUUUCGGUUGAUGGGGUUUUGAUUCUGGCUUUCUUAUGGAUUCUUAAGGCACUCCUUGAGGUGAUCUGCACGCUUGGGAGCAUGGUGUUUGUGAGUAUCUUGUUUGUCCGUGGAGUCUGGUCUGGUGUGUCCUACAUAAGAGAGAACCAGUAUAGCUUCAUGAACAGGAUUGACAAUGAUGACAGCAGAUGGAGCAGUGCACAGGCUGCCACUUGAUUAGUUGUUUGCCCCUUUUAGGGAGCUUGAAGAGAAGAAGAUUGCGUUCAGAAUGCAAACAAAGGUCUCAUGUAUCAAGAUCUUGAGAUGAAAUAAAAAAUGAGAAGUUCCCAGUGGAAUGAUCUUGGGGAGUAUCAGCCUCAACGACUAAGAUUUGGUUAAAUCCUUUUGAAUGAUUGUCAGAGUCCUUACCUACCCCUAUGCAAUGAACCUCUCAGAUAAAGCAUGAUGGUGGUGUCACCAUUCAUAGAUAAGUUUGGUACCAGGAGAAAGGAUUAUAUGAUUUAAAAUUUCAAAGUCAAGGAACAUACAGUAUUUUGUCUCAUCAUAGUAUUCCUUUCAGAGAUGGCUGCUCAGAUGAAAUUCCAAAGUUACAAACUUGAUUGUACUACAGGAAUUUGGUAUGGUGCAGCUGCUACUUCAUAUGUCCCUUUUCAUACGCUGCAGUUAUGGAUAGUGAUAUAAGCUGAAGGGUUUACCUGCCAACUGACCUGGGAACCGUGGUUGAGUGUUGGAUCAGUGAGGUGGUUUUUUGCCAACAAUAUUUUCUGCCUUUCCAAUCAUUGAUGUCAGUAUCUUGGGAUAAUUGCUGUUUAGUUUCCCUUGGAAUACCUUUUUGUCAGAUGGUUCUAAUGUAUAUGUAACAAGCCAUUGUAUUAUAGACAACAACCAAUUGGACCUUGCUCAGCAACUGGUUUUGUUGCUCCUCUGUUAUGGAGAUCAUGCCAUUUAGGUACAUUUACAUUUGUUGGUGACAUUGUUUGCAUUAUUUGUAUAUGCCUUUUGGCCUGAUCCAGUUUAGGGGAAAAAGGCAAAGGUGUUUUUGCAUGUAUGGUGAUGAAACUUUAUCGAGCAUUCGAGCAUGACAUUUUGCAUGCAGGCUGGCUAGUGA